UUCGGAUAGUCGCCAUGAUCGCAAGUCCAAGUCAAAGCAUCGAGAGAAAGAUCGAGACAAGAAGUACAAGAUUACAUAAGGACAGGGAUAAUGGAAAGGACAAGGGUAAAAAGGGCAGCAUUCUAACAGGCAAGAAGUCCCGGAAAGCAGAAUUUCUAGCUAAUAAUGGGGAAGGAUGGACAAUGGUAAUAGGAAAUGAAGCGGGUGAUCUCGAUUCUCUCGCUAGUGCACUUGGAUAUGCCUGGUUGCGCCCCAACAUGAGCGGAAAAGCGAUCACAUAUAUAACUACACCUAGGGAGGAUUUUGUCCUUAGAGCAGAGAAUUUGCACGCCCUUGGUCUCGCUGGGAUCAACCACCCUUUUGAAGAACUUUAUUGCCCUGGUGAUCCUAUUCCGUCACAAGUGUCCCAGUUUGCACUUGUGGAUCAUAAUCCAGGGUUGUUUUAG